AUGAUCACUUUGCAUAUGCCAGUGAGGCUGUUCUGUUUUUGUCCUCUAUUAUUCAUCAAUUUAAUUCACUUAUUUUUUCCAAAUGGAAUCUUUAACUUUGUAUAUAUAUGAGGAUAAUUGUUAGUACUUGUAGUACUUGAGGAUCUAAGUGUAAAAAAUUUAGAAAGAAAUCAAAAGAUAUGGAACCAAAAAGUGGAAUCCCCAGUAUCCCUGGAAAAGUGAAACUUCUUAUAGCAUUGCUUGUUUUGCAAUUAUGCUAUGCAGGAUUUCAUAUAGUCUCAAGACUUGCACUUAAUAUUGGUGUCAGCAAGAUUGUGUAUCCAGUUUAUAGAAAUAUUAUUGCAUUGCUUUUGUUAGGCCCCUUUGCUUAUUUCUUGGAAAAGAAAGAAAGACCACCCCUCACAUUCUCUCUAUUGGCUCAAUUUUUCUUUCUUGCAUUAAUAGGGAUCACAGCAAACCAAGGAUUUUAUAUCUUAGGGUUGUAUUAUGCAUCCCCAACCUUUGCUUCAGCAAUGCAAAACUCUGUUCCUGCUAUUACUUUCAUCAUGGCUUCUAGUCUAAGGCUAGAAAGAGUUCAUUUUAUGAGGAGAGAUGGCAUGGCAAAGAUUCUGGGAACCCUAGCAAGUGUUGGAGGUGCCACAAUUAUUACUCUUUACAAAGGGCCUCCCCUAUCAGGAGGAAGCAAUUCUUCUGAAGAAGAUAUGGUUGCUUCUCAAGAGAACAUGCUGGAUUGGACAUGGGGUUGUGUUUAUUUGUUUGGUCAUUGCUUAUCUUGGGCUGGUUGGAUGGUUCUUCAGGCACCUGUGGUGAAGAAGUACCCAGCCAAGCUAUCACUUACCUCAUUUACAUGCUUCUUUGGAUUAAUUCAGUUCCUAGCUAUAGCAGCUUUUACAGAAAGGGAUCCAAAAAAAUGGCUGAUCCACUCUGGAGAGGAAAUAUAUCUGAUUUUAUAUGCUGGUAUUAUCUCUUCUGGAAUAGUAAUCUCUCUCCAGACUUGGUGCAUUCAGAAAGGAGGACCAGUGUAUGUUGCUACAUUCCAGCCUGUGCAAACAGUAUUAGUUGCUGUCAUGGCUUUUGUAGUUCUUGGUGAUCAGUUGUACUCUGGAGGGAUACUUGGAGGACUUCUGAUAAUGGUUGGACUUUACCUAGUUUUGUGGGGUAAAAAUGAAGAGAAAAGAAUUGUCAACCAACAUAAUACUGAAGAGACAACAUUGACAAAGCACCUUCUUGCUUCAAACAAGGAGGAAUCCUCCGCUGGAGCUGACAAUUGCUAACAAAAUCUGUCAAAUACACUUCACCUAUACACAUGAUCUGGGACAAGACUAGCAUCAUUCAACAUUUAAAUGUGGAAAGAUCUUCUUUUUUCCUUGAAAUAUUAGUUCUUAUUUUAUGGUUUCAUUCUAAAAUUAAAGCAACAAGCUCAGUGUCACCUGGCAUGGGCGUUGCGGAAUACUGUAGAGAAAAAAAAUUAAUUGAAGUCCAGAUUAUGAGGGCUGAGUUUGUCGUUUGGCACAGCUUAACAGCUUUUUAAAAUUAUGUGGACACCUAUAUUUCCAUGUAAACCUUUGAGAAGGAAUCAGUCAAUUGGUGUUCCACUGGAACCAUGACUUUUGAAAGUGUUCCAGU